AUGUCGGGCAACGGGAUUGCACCUUGUAAAAAGGUUACUGAUGAAGUUUUUGCAAAAAUGAAAAGACCUGUGAGAGAAUGUGAACACUGGUUGAAAAAUGCAGCUCCAAGACAAGUGUCUUUGCCUAAUAUUGGUUCUUUACUUUGUUCUUCUAUGUCUAAUGUUGAGCAAAAGAAGAGAGAUGGAAUGAAUGGGCCUUUUAAUAGAGCUUUUCAAAAUGAGGCUAGAGAACAAUGUGACGCUGAAGUUGCAAGGAUGUUUUAUACAGGUGGAUUGUCCUUCCACCUGGCAAGGAAUCCACAUUAUCGAAACUCCUAUUUUCGUGCUUCUACGCUUCCAGGAUAUGUUCCACCAGGUUACAAUGCACUAAGAACUACUCUUUUGCAACAAGAGAAGGGGCACGUUGAGCAAUGUUUACAACCAAUCAAGAGUACAUGGAGCACUAAAGGUGGAAUUAAUUGUGACGUAAAGUACAAGGACAAACAUUGUAUUACUAACUUUCUUAUCGACUCCAUUAAGGAAAUUGGUUAUCAAAAUGAGGUUCAAGUAAUUACUGACAAUGCUCCAGUUUGUAGAGCUGCUAGAUUAUUUGUUAAGGCUAGAUAUCCCAAUAUAUUUUGGACACUAUGUGUGGUUCACACUCUUAAUCUUGUUUUGAAGAGCAUAUGUUCACCAAAACAAAAUGACGAUUGGUAUGAUAAAUGUAGUUGGAUUUCAGAGAUUGUUGCUGAUGUUGGGUACAUAAAAUUUUUUAUUGUGAACCAUAAUAUGAGAUUGACUAUGUAUAAGGACCACUGCAAAUUGAAGUUGCUCUCCAUUGCUGAAACAAGGCUUGCGUCUACACUUGUGAUGAUUGGAAGAUUUAAGGAAGUAAAGGAAGGUCUAGAACAAAUGGUGAUUAGUCCAAACUGGUUCUUAUAUAAAGAGGAUGAUAUUGGCAAAGCAAGAGCAGUGAAGGAAAAGAUAUUGGAUGAAGACUUUUGGGAUGAGAUUGAUUAUAUACGUUCAUUUACAGCUUCUAUAUAUGAGAUGAUUAGGAUGGUUGACACAGAUAAACCUUCUCUUCAUUUGGUUUAUGAGUGGUGGGAUACCAUGAUAGAGAAGGUGAAGGCAGCCACCUGUAGGACAGAGCACAAGCAACUGCAUGAACAAAGCGACUUUUUUGAUGUGGUGUAUCACAUUAUACUGGAGCGAUGGACUAAGAGUAGCACACCACUCCAUUGUUUGGCACAUUCUUUAAAUCCUAAGUAA